AAUUGUCAAAAGUAGCAAGAUAUCAAAUACGAAAUGGAUAUCACAAUCCAAAUAGGAUCUGCAAGUGCAGUUCUGCGAAGUUCACAAUUUUUCCUUGAUCAGCUCCGAAAUUAUUUCGAGCAUUUUAUCGAAACAACUUGCCUGGAAACUUUGUUGGAACUGGGUCCGUACACAAUCAAAACAGAGAUGAUUCUGCAGAUUGUCGAGAGAGGAAUAGUACCAGAGCAUGCUACAUUUUUCAAGUCGAACGAAAAGGAAGACAUGAAGAAGUAUUUCGUGGCACUAAAGAAGAACUUGGUAAUGGCCUAUAUAGCUACAAUCACGGUGUCCAAAGGGGAAAUCACGGAGAAGGACGGACAUUCCAUUGAUAAUAUUUGGAGAAAAGUGGCGGAAAACGUAAAGGAAAUAGACGAAACAAAUCAAGUGGAGAAAUUACUCAGCGAAAGUGAAUAUGUGAAACAUAAUGUGAUAAGACUCCAAAAGAAGAUUCUGAAAAAUAAACGAAAUGGAGGGAAACACACAAGAAACUUUACCUUAUUGAAAGAGUCUCGUUUUGUGCGUUUUAUGCGCUUUUUUGCUAGACACAUGCGUAUAACAAAAUAA